GUGCCACGAAGAACACUGCAGGAAGUGACCUCUCCAGAUCACGAUGGGGUCCCCUCUCCGCUACCACAGAGAGGCUGAGCGACCUCAGGUUUUCUCUCUGCUCAGUUCGCCCUGGCUUUUCUCUACCCUUCUCCCCGAGCUGGAGAUGUGGGUAAGAGUAGGAGGGGUGGGUCGCCCACGCAGAGACAGCUGGGCAGCAGAAGGGGAGGGAACCCAACAGAGGCUUGAUCCCUAGCCCCCACCCCCCACCCCAAGAUCGUCCUCGUGCCAAAGGGGAGCCGGCCAAACUAGGAGAAGGGGCUCAGGCUGGGGGGCCAGGGCUCCCGCGGCCUGGGAAACGUCCAGCAGAUGUCUGACGCCCACUAUGCAAGUCCCAACGGGUGCACUGCGCGACCACAGAGCUAGCCCCUCUCACCAGCAGCGACCCUCUCAAAGUAGGAGCCGCUCCCUACCCCCGCCCCUCCACGAUCCCCUACGUCCGAGGCCUGGAGGAGUUGUGGUUCCAAGAAGCGGCACACGGCAGGCCACGAGGUUACGGCUGCUGGGUAAGCAGCCCCCCUGUCGGUACCAGCCGUCCCCGCCCGGCGCCCAGCGCCUCCAGUGAGUGCCCGAGCCCCCGCCGCGGCCCCGCCCCCCGGAGCCCUGCCCCGCCGGGUGCGCGGCGCGGGGGAGGGCCCGCCGGGGCAGGAAUGCGCGGCGGGCGGCGCAGGAGGCGAGUGGAGGAACAUGUAAGGGCACAUCCCUCGAGCUGCCGCCCAGCGCGCAGGCAGAGCCCAGCGGAGCGAGCGGGCGAGCGUGGUGCCAGUGCGCAGCCGGGCUCUCGGACCGGGAAGCCACAGGGGCACCGGGCAGUGGCCGGGCGGGGCAGCUCGCGCGGGGCGGCGGAGGGGCCGGAGCGGGGCUGCGGGCGCCGAGCGGACGGCGGUGGCCCGAGGACUGCGCGGCGGGCGCACCGGACAGCCGGGGCGCAGGUGGCAGGGCGCGCGGCCAGCCGGCCCCGGGCGCCAGAAUCCGGCGCUGCCGAGCCGGGGAGGGCGCAGCGCCCACCGCAGCCUGCAGUUUUCCCGGGACGUCUGGGCGCCCAUGACGGCGGCGGCGACUGUGCUCAAGGAGGGCGUGCUGGAGAAGCGCAGCGGCGGGCUGCUGCAGCUGUGGAAGCGGAAGCGCUGUGUGCUCACCGAGCGCGGGCUGCAGCUCUUCGAGGCCAAGGGCACCGGCGGCCGGCCCAAGGAGCUCAGCUUCGCCCGCAUCAAGGCCGUGGAAUGCGUGGAGAGCACCGGGCGCCACAUCUAUUUCACGCUGGUGACCGAGGGAGGCGGCGAGAUCGACUUCCGCUGCCCCCUCGAGGAUCCUGGCUGGAACGCCCAGAUCACCCUGGGCCUGGUCAAGUUCAAGAACCAGCAGGCAAUCCAGACUGUGCGGGCCAGGCAGAGCCUCGGGGCCGGGACCCUCGUGUCCUAAACCGCACACCUUGCCAUCUUACCUUCAUGCUCCGCAUCCUCCCCACCACGUGGUGUACGGAGGUCAAGUCAGCUCUCCUGCCCCUUUUGGCUCAUGGGAGCGUGACUGUGCUCCAUAUGUCAAGGCGGAAGCCAUGUGGAGGAGACGCUGGAGCUGAAGGAAUGGAUGGGGCCCGGGGAGGAGGGCAGAAGGCCAUGUGGGGCUGAGGAUGAAGAUUCAGCCCCUGGACACUCUCAGAGUCUCCGGACAUUCCCAGCUCAGGGCUUUGCAGCCACAGCCUGACAUACAGAUGGUGAUGGAGAGCUGGCAUCCAAGCACCCUCCCCUCGGCGGCCCCGUCAUCUGGCUGCAGACUGUUGUUAGUCCCCAGCUUGUGCCAUGCCGCGAGGAGGACAUUUCCCCAUGGGGUGCCAAGCCAGUGCCUCAGGACUCAGGAGGCCAGCCUGGUACCCCGGGGAGGAACCAGCCUGGCAUCACUUCUGGACUCACCUUGGUGGGGGGAGCUGAUGGGCCCUGAGGCCCGCACUUGAGGGUCUCCUGCUGCUUAGGUCCUUCUGGGACCCCCACCCAUCCAGGCCUUCUCUUUGCACACUUCGCCCCCCACCUCCUGCCCAUCUUCCCCCCCACUGUGGUGCUAGGCCUGGAGGUGGUGGGGGUGGGGUGGGGGUUUGGCCAUUACCAUUUCAUGCCUAUCCCAAAAUGAAGAGUCCCCGCAAAGGGCAGUGACCACACUGUUUGCUGAAUGGAGUUCUUUGCCCACAAAGACCCAGUGCUUGGAGCAUCCCUCUCCUACCCCCGCUUCUCCACUCCAUAACCCAUUCUGAGAUCUCCGGCCUGGGUGGGGAGAGACACUGCAGCCCUAGGAGGCACGACCUCAGCGGUCCUAGGAAGGAGGGACCGUAAGGCCUGGACUGAGGGAUGUUCUACUGGCCAACUCAGUCUAUGUAGCUGCUUUUCCAGAAGGCCAUGCCGCCCCUGCCAUCCUGGGAGGUGGCUCCGCUUUCUGAGCAGAGUUGGUCUCCCUGUCAUUUAUAUACUCAGGCUUCACACAUUUAUGCAGUAAGUAUUCCUUGCUGGAUGGUUUAAAAGGAAUGAUUACAGCACGGGAAAAGCUGAAGUACAGAGAAAUAGCUGCCUGAGUUACACAGAAAUUCAUCGGGUAACCCUCGAGAUCUUUCCAUGUUGUGGUCAGCAGUUUACUCUGCCCUCCUUUCCUCCAUUGCCCACCACGUCUGGCCUUCCCUGUGGCAAAGCAGUGGCCUACUUCAGAGUCUCCAGAAGGAACGAGGGGGCUGUGUGGCCCCCUUCAGCAAUUUGAAGUCUCUUUAAUAACCUCUUUGUGCUUCUGACCUGUUUCGUUCCCCAUCAGAUUUCUCCUACUGUCCAGCCAAGACCUCCCCAUCCUAUGUCCCAGUACCUUAGAGUCCUCGGGAGUACCUUGUUCAUCUGCUACGAGCACCACGUCUCACAAGUGACAAAGAACUUACAGAUUACAAGAGAGUUUUGACAAAUAUCUCAUUUAUUACCUCA